AGAGAAAGGAAAAAGGAAGGAACAGUCAGUCAGGUAAAGGUGUUAGCGGUAGGCAGCGCCCUGUUUGUCUAUUUACUUUACGCUGCCUAUUUUGGAUAUCCCUCAAACGAAUCUGGAAAUAAAGAUAAAGAUUUUCUUCUUCGUUAAAACGGAAUCAUGAUGAAAGAAGAGCUAGAAACGGCCAACCGCCCAGACAACACAGCCUUCACACAGCAGAGGCUCCCUGCUUGGCAGCCCAUGCUGUCGGCUGGUAUCGUAAUCCCUGGGUUUGUGCUCAUUGGCCUGGCAUUCAUUGGCAUAGGUGUUGCCCUCUUCAUCGCCUCACAGAACAUCACAGUGCUGGAGAAAGAUUACACCGGAGUAGAGACCACCUCAGACUGCUACAAGUGCUCCAACCCCAGCGACAAGAACUGUACGUGCAAACUGGAUUUCUCCCUCUCCAUUCUGUUUGAGGGUCCUGUGUUUUUCUACUAUGGUCUGUCMAACUACUUUCAGAGCCAACGCUCAUAUGGGGCUUCAAAAGAUGAAUACCAGCUCUCAGGGGAUCUGGAGUACUUUAAGACACCUAUUUCUGCAUGCUCUCCCUAUCAGUAUGAUGCCAACCAAAAGCCAAUUGUGCCCUGUGGAUCAUUAGCAAACAGCAUGUUCAAUGACACCUUUAAGCUCUAUCAGAUCGUGAACGGUACCAAGAAGCUUGUUCCCUUUGAUGGAAAAGGAAUAGCAUGGUGGACUGACUACAACAUCAAAUACAGGAACCCCUCUGUUACGCCUCUAAAGAGCGCAUUCAAUGGUACUGUGAAGCCAUCCUUUUGGUCCAAGCCGGCCUAUGAGCUGGACACCUCUGACCCAUCCAACAACGGCUUCGUGAACCAGGACUUCCUGGUGUGGAUGAGAAGGGCUGCCCUGCCAGACUUCAGGAAGCUGUAUCGACGAAUCACAGAGGGUGACUAYGCCAGGGGCCUACCUGCAGGGAACUACUCCCUUGAAAUCGCCUACAACUAUCCCGUGUUGAGCUUUGGUGGGAGGAAGAAGGUGGUCUUCAGCAACGUGUCCUGGAUGGGCGGAAAGAACCAGUUCCUGGGCAUCGCUUACCUGGUGGUUGGAUCUUUGUGUGUUGUCAUGUCGAUGGUUAUGCUCAUUGUGUACGCCAAGUUCAAGUUCCCUGAGGAUGAUUAAUGUUCGGGCUCCAUUUUCGGAUGUUGUUGGAAGGUUACUUCUAUGGAUGUGUUCUUCGAGUCCAGUUUCUGACCUGACCUUUUAGAGGUCACUCAUUAGCUGGGUAAAUGUAAUCACUUUAAAUUACUUGAUUAUACUGCCAUGUCUGUCCAAUAUUGAAUCUCGUUGAGAGAAUUAUGAUUUACUGGGAGAGUUGAUAGAGGGCUCUUUGCAUACAUAGUUCAUUAAGGGUUUUAGUUAAGAGGUGAGUGAGGUCAAGUUGGACAUUUUAAAGUUUUAAAAGCUAUGUAAUUUGAUACUCUGGGAAAAGCUGCAUUUGAAUCUUCUUGUAUAGUUUAAGAACUUAGGAUGAAAAAGCCAUUCAUAAAAAUKUAUUUUUGUUGCGUUACGUCACAUUGGUAACUGCAGCUUUUAACAUUGGUCAGAAAAGCCCAAUCUGUUCAUACUGUUUGUUAUAGAUUUCUGAAAACUAGAGGAUAAUUUACAAACGUGGAGGGAUUGUUAUUUUUAGACAGGACAUGUAAGCCAUAGAAUUGUAUUGCCAUUUGUUAUUGGAUAAAAUUUCAGAAUUUAUGUAUCUGAAAUGUUUUGCUGUAACCUUUUCUAAUGGGAAUAUAUCUCAGGGUUGUAUAUACUGCACAUAACUGAACAUUCUCUUUUWAAAAAAAAAAACGUUUUUAUUGCAGUAUGUUUCUUGUAAUGGAAUUUAGAAAAUUCCUUGGUGAAUUUUUAAUUUGUUUUCUCUGAAAUAAUAAAUGCACAACUUGAGGAAUGAA